AUGUCAAAGCGGGACUCUGGGAUUCGUCGAAGGCUGACUGAUUUAGAGGCUGUGUCGACUGUGUUGGACUAUGUCAACUCGAGCGAGUCAGGGCUACAGGAGAAGGCCCUGCACCUGGUGCUGAACCUCAGCUUAGAUGAUGACAACAAAGUGGGAUUGGUGGCAGAAGGCGUCAUCGAAAAGGUGGUAUCAGCCUUACGAUGCGGGGAUGGAGACUUGCGGGCGGUGGCGGCCACUGUUCUGACGAACCUGGCGGUGGUGGAGGUCAAUAAGAUCACUAUUGGGUCCUAUGGAAUGAGGAAAAAAGCUGCCACGGCUUUAUUCACUCUCUGCUCUUUCCCUGACAAUUGGGUUCGGGCUGUACAGAAUAACGCCGUUUCGAGAGGUGGAGGGGGAAGGGUGAAAUGGUAG